AUGACCCAGCUCUUGGACAAUUUAAACAAGGAGGUGGACCUCAUUGACUCUGCCGGUAGGUCGAGUCUUGACUCGCUUCUAUCGGAGUCCGAAGACAUUCUUGGCCAACUCCGAGAUAUGGAAUCCACACUUGAAAAUGAGCCCGACCUAGAUCAAAGUGCCCUGCUGUUCGCCACAAAGGUCGAUACGGCAACUCUGAAAUGGUACAAAAACUCAAUUACCAACUUGAAGACCUACAAUUCCCAAAUUAACAAGUUCAACAAGAAUAUCGUCAAUAGUCAUAAGUACAGAGUUGACUUGGACAAUGCAUACCCAUUCCCACUAGUCUUGAACUCCUUCCCGGUGAAGGAGGUGACGAAGCAAGAAAGAGAAGAGCUUUCUGAUAGUGAUCCUGCGGCGAUUUUAAAGCUGGACAACAGGCAGCACUUGAUAAAGUCCAUCAUAUUGCAUUUGCUUAAGAUUGGCCAGAGGGACGCAGUAGAGCUGCUUUUAGAAGAAAUUGGUGAGGCUGAACUUGAGUCCAGUCAGCUAGAUAACUUCAGAAAGCUACGGAAGAUGGUGGAGGACAUCAGAGAACGUCAUGACCUCACCGAAGUACUCAAAUGGUUCGAGGAACAGGAAAGUCGCAAGAUCCUGUUGCACAGUGAUGACAUAUCCUUCAAGUUCCAUGUUCUACAGUUUGCCUUGCUUCUAGCAGGACUUACAGAGGACAAGCAGCUGCCUCAAAUCGACUCUGCGUUGGCCGCUUACACGUAUGCCAAACAGCAUUUUCCACGCUACUUCAAAGACUUUCUUAAUGAGAUUGCUCCAAUCAUGACAUUAAUGCUUUUCAAGAGAGUUGAUGAUGACGAUGGCGAGGAUCAAAGCCAUCUCAAGGAGAAUAUCAUUCAGGCAUUCCUACUGUAUGGCUCGAGGAACAAGAGCCACAGUCGGGAGGUUGAAUUCGUCAGCGAGAUACUUAGCUGCUUUGACCUGCUCCAUGACAAUCAUCUGCUCUUUGAAAACUUGUCCAACAAGUUUAUCUCCGAAUUCUGUGCGUCAAUGCAGCUUUCGAGUGAGCUGUCGUUAUUCCAGAGUCUUAUGGCAGGUUUCAUCAACAUCCCCAACUUCUACAAGUAUAAUAACCUUCAGCGCAAGCUCGGACGUGGUAGCCGUCUGGGUGCUGUCAAUGGCGAGAAGGAGGACUCCUCUGUUACCCAGUUAUUCAAGCAGGACCUUCCCUUCCAAUUGCCGGACACCAACCGGUUCUUGUUUAACUAUCACCCCAUUUUCAUUUGUCCAGUGUCCAAGGAGCAAUUGGUGCCACUAAGCACUGUUGCAAAGAUCUCAGAAGAAGACGUGAUGGACCCAAAGAGGAAGUUUACGCUUGUAUCACCCUCGCAGAAAUUGGUACCUAUGAGUAACCCAGUAGUGGUUUUCAAUCAUUGCAGGCAUUUGGCUUUGAAAGACAGUGUGAAACACCUUUCCCGAGGCGGAUCCGAGGUGUUUAAAUGUCACUAUUGCUACAAGAAGCAUAAGCUUCUGGAUGUCAGCGACGCAUACUUCAUAGAUUUGUAA